AUGACGCAAUGGCGUGAGCGGAGGAAACAAGCCAAGAGAGACACAGUUGGAUGUGCUCCUGUUUCCAAGGAGGAGUCAGCACCGGUUGCCUCGCCGCCGACAAUGGCGACGGCGAUAUGCCUGCACAUGGGAGCAGUUAUUACUUUUCUCAUCGUAUGUGUGUCCGCUAGAUUCCUUCACAGUGCAGAAAAAUCGGAGUUCCGGGAAGAUGAGGAGCGCGUUGUCGGCACCGUGCUCGAGGCGGCGUCGCAACCAACGUGUUCGCUUUUGCUCUUUACCGAUGGAACUCAGCCCUCUGGCAACGUGGCCAAGAUCAUCCAGCAAACGAGACCACCCUGUGGCGUGGGGGUCUUUCAGAUUUCUGAGCCAAACCAAAGCCAAUUUAUACAAGUCGUCACAGAAGCUCGCAAGGUGAGGUCACUUUUAAUGUCAGGCGGAAGAAUACUGAAUCUAAACCUUGUGCACUUUUGUCUUCAAGACUGCUUGAAAGACUGCCUAAGCGUUGCACUCUCGCGGCAGAUGCGCAUCGCCUCGCGCUGUGCGAGCGUCGUGGUGGUCAGCAGGAGCGAGGCCUUCUUGGCCCGCUUCGCCGCGUCGUCCCUGCGCGGCCGCCUGCUGGUAUGGGAAACGAGGCUCCUGCUGGUGACUCAGCUGAACACUGCGGUUCUUCGGGCACUCUUGCGGGAACAUUGGAAUUUCGCCAUGAUGAACAGCGCCGCUCUCAACCUGGAGGAGCAGCAAGGGAGGAGGAGCUUCCACGGCGCCAGAGUGAACUUGACGGCGCUUCCGUGGCCGCCCAACUGGGAGGAGGAGACGCUCACAGGCUCUCCCGGCGGUGCGCAAGUCACUCGCUAUUCGGGAACGGACUACUUCGCCAUGGAGACUCUGGCCGACAUUCUCAACUUCAGUAUUAAUCUCAUCCCGACCAAUGACUUUGUAGAGGUCACCAACAAGGUUGAAGAACGAACCGCCUUCAUAACGGGCCUGACCUACGCAAUCAUACCCAAACGCCUGGAGCGCCACGACUUCAUCCUGGCCUACGAUUUCUUCUACAGCACCUUCAGCAUGGCCACGCCCAGCAUCGAGACCCACUGGCAGAGCUUGUUCCGGCCGCUCUCGCUUCAGGUGUGGGCGGCUGUCGCGUCCAGCCUGUUCGUCGUGUCUGUGGCGGUGAGACUGAUGUGUUGUGUUACAGAAGAAAUUUCGGUGACCACAAGCCACGCAUUCCAGGAGCUUUUCAAGAUCCUCUUAGGACAGGACCUCGGCCAGCGCUUCGCCAGGACCCUUACUGGGCGUAUGGUCUUCGGGGCGUGGCUCGUCUUCGCCCUGGUCGUCGGCUCAGCGUACCGAGGCAACCUAACGGCGUCCCUCACACUGCCCGUGCGCCCGUCCAGGCCAGAAACCCUUCGGGAAAUUGUCGAGGUGGCCGACGGGUAG